AUGUAUGUGAAAUGGUUUGAUACAGUAAUGGUUUACUAUGUCAAAUUAAUUUCUAAGAAAAUGACAGUUUCUAAAAAUGUUUACAUUUGUCGCCGUUCCGGCCCCCAUACGUCCCAAUGCUCGCAGGGACUGGAACACAGAAGCCAGAUGCCUGCAUCAGCCGGAGGAGAUGGCCAGGGAAGCUGCAGGGGACACAUCGUGGGAGCGAAGAACAAGGUAAGCGCUGCAGGGACUCUCUGAGCAACACCGCAUGGUAAGCCCGAGUGUAGCUUGGGGUUACCGCUUUUGCUACACUCGGGAAUACCGCCAGGGAGGUUAAG